UGGAGGCCGUCGCGAGGGUCGGCGGGCGUGGCGCGUGAGCCGCUGGCAGGUAUAUAAACCCGGGACAGCGAACUCGGCGCCAGUCUGCACCGCCGGCACAACACACCUCCAACAUGUACAAGCUGGUGAUCCUGCCCCUGCUGUUCGCCGCCGUGUCGGCCGGCUACCUGGGAGGCGUGGCCGUGGCGCCAGCGGCCGUGGCCGCUCCCGCCAUCGCCGCCCCCGUGGCCUACGCCGCCCCCGCCAUCGCCGCCGCCCCCGCCUUGGCCGUGGCCCCCGCUCUGCGCGUCGCCCCUCUGGCUCUCGCCGCCCCCGCCAUUGCUGCUCCUCUGCCCUACGCUGCCGCGGCGCCGAUCUUUAAGAUUCACUAAGGAAAGGAUCACUAUAGGCGUAGUGCCAUUUGUACAUAAAUAAAGGUCGAGAUGUAAAACAGAUAAAAAUAA